CUUGCCGUGCUGUUUGUGUGUGACUUGGUGACUCAGCACCCUGUUUGUCAGGCAGUAACAUCUUUGUGCACACUGGAGGUGGCAACAGGAUGUGACGGGAGAAUGGGCUCUGCAGCCAGAUAAGCCGGGGCCCCUCCCCCAGUGCAGCGGGCAGCAGGGGCUGCAUGCGGAUCAUGCCUGUUCCUCAAGGUCCGUGGGUCACGAGCUCCUCUGGGACACCCACACAAUGCUGGCAUUCAGGGAAUCUCUUCGGUUUCUCUGCUAGGGAGAAAUCCUAACUAGAACUUAGGCAGAGCGUUCUGUCCACAGAAGAAGGAAGGGCGCCUAUGUGAAAGCGGCCCGGCCCCCCUCACUUCUCAGGCCCUGGGCAGCCUGCGGAGCUGCCAGCGGCUGGUGGGGGGGACACUCAGCGGAAGCCAUCUUGGGGCACCAUCUUGGGCCUGCUCCGCAUCCUUAGUAGAGAUGCUAAGCAGUGCUUCCAUCUGCAGCGGCAUGGCCUGGCACUUGCUGUGCUCAGGCUUUGUUGCCGGAGGCUGAGUCAUUGCCACAGCCUUGGAAGGCCUCCUGAGUCCUGCCUGAGGCCAGUCCGAGGCACGAGGGCUGCCCCAGCCCGGAGUGACUGCACCCUUGGUCGCUGGCAAAGGCAGGUGAGGCUCUGCUCCUUUGGCAGCCAGGCUUGGCUCGUGCUUUGCUGGAGCAGGGGAUGUCUGUGUCCUGAGAACCUCACUGGCUGGCCUAGGGUGGUGCCCGCCUCUGCUAGGCCGCCUCUUGCCUUCUGCAGUCUCUGGCCUGGAGGAAGGCAUCUGCUGCCACCAGUGCCGCAGCUGUGGCAUCAUCCGCUUAUUAAUGGGCACCUGCAAAGCCGCCGCCUUAGAAAGAUGAAUUGUGAGAUUUGACUCUGCGGCCGGCUCACUGGCAGGCCUGUCGGGACCCUGUCACUGUGGUUGGCCAGGCUUGUGGUUCCUUUGUCCCAGCCAUCCCUGUCGGCAGGCCCAGAACAGGACACAUGAACUAGAGCCAUACAGAGUAACCUAGAGUGCAGCUGAGGCCCCACUCUCCCAGGAGCCUCUCUUGGGAGAGGCAGGGUAGGAGCCAAGGGCAGCUGCAGACAGGGGGCUGGGCAGAGUGGAUGGGCCAGUUACCCAUCUAGUCACCCAGGUUCUUGGUCAGCUUUCUUUGUCUUUCCUAAAGGUGACAGUGCCACUUGUGUAGGAUCAGCGAGGCACUGGUUCUGGGUUGCAGAGCUGGUGUGCACCAGAGGCAGCCAAUUUGAGACCCCAGCACGGUGUCCACAUACUGCCCCGCAUCUGGAGUGAUGGUAUCUGAAGGCCAUUUACUGAUGCAAUGGAAGUUGGUAGAAAAAGCAGUUACCUUAAAUGCUUCUCUGUGAAAUUUGUGUUUGACAGCAAUGUAGGUGGAGCAGGGAAGUCAAGGUCAGAACGGGGGAAAGCUACCGGAGGUAGGAUAGGAGCCCACCAGGCUUGAUGUCGUUGAUAGCCAGCCAGCACACAGCCUCCUGGUUUGUCUUGGAGACUGCUGUGGGCAGGGCAGCUGAGCCAGGGACGAGCAAGGCCUGUGAAGCUCAGAUUGCGGGCACUGCAGUGGCAUGGCAUAUAGGCGCGUGGCGUGCUUCCCCCACUACCCUGUGGCCACUCGUUAUGGUGGCAAGGAGUUCGUGCACAGGGAUAUUCCAGCUAGAGCUGGUCGUGGGGAGGGUUGGCAUGUGUGCCGGCCAGCAUGGCUCCCUCGUCCUUGCACCCCCCGUUUCUUCCAGGGGAUGUGGAGGGGCAGGGAAGAUGGUGAGUUGGAAGAAGGAGAACUGGAAGAUGACGGGGCCGAGGAGACGCAGGACACCUCUGGGGGACCGGAGAGGAGCCGGAAGGAAAAGGGGGAGAAGCACCACAGUGACUCCGAUGAGGAGAAGUCUCACCGGAGGCUGAAGCGGAAACGCAAGAAAGAGCGGGAGAAGGAGAAGAGGCGGUCGAAGAAGAGGAGGAAAUCCAAGCACAAACGCCACGCUUCUUCCAGCGAUGACUUCUCUGACUUCUCGGAUGACUCGGACUUCAGCCCCAGCGAGAAGAGCCACCGCAAGUACCGGGAGUACAGCCCGCCCUACGCGCCGUCUCACCAGCAAUACUCCUCAUCGCACACCACACCUCUGCCCAAGAAGUCCUACUCUAAGAUGGACAGCAAGAGCUACAGCAUGUAUGAGGACUACGAAAACGAGCAGUACGGCGAAUACGAGGGCGACGAGGAGGAGGACAUGGGCAAGGAGGACUACGACGACUUCACCAAAGAACUCAACCAGUACCGGCGAGCCAAGGAGGGCAGCAGCCGGGGCCGAGGCAGCCGAGGUCGUGGCAGGGGCUACCGGGGCCGCGGAAGCCGUGGAGGAUCACGAGGCCGAGGCAUGGGCAGGGGCAGCCGAGGCCGGGGCAGAGGCUCUGUGGGAGACCACCCGGAGGAUGAAGAGGACUUUUACGACGAGGAGAUGGAAUACGGAGAGAGCGAGGAGCCCCUGGGAGACGAUGACUACGACGAAUAUUCCAAGGAGCUGAACCAGUAUCGCAGGUCCAAGGACAGCCGAGGCCGAGGGUUAAGCCGAGGCCGUGGCCGGGGUUCUCGAGGCCGGGGGAAGGGGAUGGGCCGGGGCCGCGGGCGAGGCGGCAGCCGAGGAGGGAUGAGCAAGGGCGGCAUGAACGACGAGGACGACUUCUAUGACGAGGACAUGGGCGAUGGUGGUGGCGGAAGCUACCGAAGGAGUGACCACGACAAGCCCCACCAGCAGUCUGAUAAGAAAGGCAAAGUCAUCUGCAAGUACUUCGUGGAAGGCCGGUGCACAUGGGGAGACCACUGCAAUUUUAGCCAUGACAUUGAGCUGCCGAAGAAACGAGAGCUGUGCAAGUUUUACAUCACUGGAUUUUGCGCGCGAGCCGAGAAUUGCCCGUACAUGCAUGGUGACUUCCCGUGUAAGCUGUACCACACAACUGGGAACUGCAUCAAUGGCGAUGACUGCAUGUUCUCCCACGACCCGCUGACGGAAGAGACGCGCGAGCUGCUAGAUAAGAUGCUGGCUGAUGAUGCUGAGGCGGGCGCUGAGGAUGAGAAGGAAGUUGAGGAACUGAAAAAGCAGGGCAUCAACCCCCUGCCCAAGCCACCUCCCGGCGUGGGGCUCCUGCCCACUCCCCCACGGCCCCCUGGCCCUCCAGCCCCCACAUCACCCAACGGUAGACCCAUGCAGGGCGGCCCUCCGCCACCACCGCCGCCCCCACCACCGCCCCCUGGGCCCCCUCCGAUGCCCAUGCCAGUGCAUGAGCCCCUGUCCCCGCAGCAGCUGCAGCAGCAGCAGGACAUGUACAGCAAGAAGAUCCCUUCCUUGUUUGAGAUCGUGGUGCGGCCCACGGGACAGCUGGCUGAGAAGCUGGGCGUGAGGUUCCCUGGACCCGGUGCACCUCCAGGACCAAUGGGUCCUGGGCCCAACAUGGGGCCUCCAGGGCCUAUGGGGGGCCCCAUGCACCCUGACAUGCACCCAGAUAUGCAUCCUGACAUGCACCCAGAUAUGCACCCGGACAUGCCAAUGGGCCCUGGCAUGAACCCUGGCCCGCCCAUGGGCCCCGGUGGCCCCCCAAUGAUGCCCUAUGGUCCUGGAGACUCCCCGCAUUCUGGAAUGAUGCCUCCCAUCCCACCAGCCCAGAACUUCUAUGAGAACUUCUACCAGCAGCAGGAGGGCAUGGAGAUGGAGCAAGGACUCAUGGGGGAUUCAGAGGACUACGGGCACUACGAAGAGCUGCAGGGGGAGCCUGGGGAGCGCCUCUUCCCCGAGCACCCCGUGGAGCCCGACAGCUUCUCUGAGGGAGGGCCCCCAGGCCGGCCGAAGGCGGGCGCCGGUGUCCCCGACUUCCUGCCCUCGGCCCAGAGGGCCCUGUACCUGAGGAUCCAGCAGAAGCAGCAGGAGGAGGAGGAGAGAGCGAGGAGGCUGGCUGAGAGCAGCAAGCAGGACCGGGAGAAUGAGGAAGGGGAUACCGGCAACUGGUACUCGAGUGAUGAGGACGAGGGCGGAAGCAGCAUGACCUCCAUACUGAAGACCCUGAGACAGCAGACGUCCAGCCGGCCCCAGACUGCGGCUGGGGAGCUGAGCGGCAGUGGGCUGGGGGACCCUCGCCUCCAGAAGGGACACUCCACAGGAAGCCGACUGGCUGACCCGCGCCUAAGCCGGGACCCCAGACUCAGCCGUCAUGCUGAGGCUGCUGCAGGACCAGGCCUGGGGGACACGGGGCCCUGUGACCCCCGACUUGCUCGCUCCCUGCCUGCCUCCAAGCCUGAGAGUGCCCUCCAUUGCAGCCCCGCAGGCCCAAGCAGCUCCAAGGGCUCUGGGCCGACCACCACCGAAGAGGAGGACGGAGAGCGGGCCCUGCGGGAGAAGGCUGUGAACAUCCCGCUGGACCCGCUGCCCGGACACCCGCUGCGGGACCCUCGGUCACAGCUGCAGCAGUUCAGCCAUAUCAAGAAGGAUGUGACCCUGAGCCGGCCGACCUUCGCCCGCAACGUGCUCUGGAACCCGGAGGACCUAAUCCCACUGCCUGUCCCCAAGCAGGAUGUAGUGCCCCCUGUGCCUGCUGCCCUGCAGGCCAUGCCCACACUGGACCCCAGGUUACACCGGUCCACCUCCUCGGGGCCCACGAGUGCCCGGCAGCGCCCAGGUACCUCUGCGGACCCCAGCGUGCCUGGCUCCAACCUGCCCGACUUCGAACUCCUCUCUCGAAUCCUCAAGACUGUUAAUGCUACCGGCCCCUCCUCAACAGCCCCUGGCACGAGCGACAAACCCAGCGACCCCCGGGUGCGAAAGGCCCCCACUGACCCUCGGCUGCAGAAACCAGCUGACCCAGCGGCCUCCCGGGCGGCCAAGCCCAGCCCCCCUGAAGCAGCCUCCCCGUCCUCCAGCCCCAGCGGGGAGUCCUCUCCACCAGCAACGGCUCCCUACGACCCCCGCCUGCUGGCCGCCGGCGGGCUGGGCCAGGGCAGCAGCUGUGGGCAGAGCAGUGUGCUGAGUGGCAUCAGCCUUUAUGACCCGAGGACUCCCAACGCUGGUGGCAAAGCCACAGAGCCAGCUGCUGAGGGGGGUGCCCAGCCCAAGGGCACCGAGGGCAACGGCAAAGGUGCGGCCUCCAAAGCCAAGGAGCCUCCCUUCAUCCGCAAGUCCGCCCUGGAGCAGCCCGAAGCAGGGAAGGCCAGCAGUGCCGAGGGGGGCACGGCCACAGACCGCUACAACAGCUACAACCGGCCCCGGCCCAAGACCACCACGGCCCCGGCCGGGGCCACAGCCACCCCGCCCCCCGAGGGUACUGCACCCCAACCUGGGGUGCACAGCCUGCCCGUGCCCACCCUCUUCGGGACCGUGAAGGCAGCACCCAAGUCGGGCUCAGGAAGCCCGUUUGCAGGCAACAGCCCAGCCCGCGAGGGGGAGCAGGACGCCGGAUCGCUGAAAGAUGUUUUUAAAGGCUUUGACCCCACUGCCUCCCCCUUCUGCCAGUAGUGCAAAGCGCUCUUUUCCACCCGCCCCAGGGUGCCGAUCUAGGGCGCUGGAGCCGGGGAUUUAGGGGUGGGGUGGCUCUGGGUGAUCUUUCCUUUUUCUUUGUUUCUUUUUUCUUUUUUUUUUUUUUUUCCUGAGCAGUACUUCCUUUGAAGCUUAUAAAUUGUAUGUAAACACCUUCAGUUCUGGUCAGUGCUGCGGGGCUCCUGGCCUCCCACUGCGAUCCCACUUGGACACUGGAGCCGUUACAGGUCCACAUGCCUCGGUGGAGGUGGAUCCCCGGCCUGGUGCCCCGGGGUCUGGUGGGUUUUCUAGGCAAAGCUUGGCAACCCUUGGCGCUCACCAAAGGACAGCAGGCAUCCAAGAAGGCACUGAGAGCAGCAGGAGCUGGAGGGGAGACUGAGGCAGGCCUGGUAGGAGUAGGGUUGAGCAGUGCCAGGACUGUGGGCUCGGCAGCAUCCUUGGUGUCCCGUGCUGGGAGGCGCAGAUUCCUUGGCACCCUGGGUGCUUUGCUUCCUGCACCCAGUGCAGAUCAUGCCCUGCAGCCUGCAGCUGGAGGGCCCCUCGGAGCCAGGUGGACCUUCUGUCAGUAUUACCUGCCCUCCCCUGUCCUGUCCCAAGGGGUCUGCCCACCGCCUCAGUGGCCGCCGCGCCCCGGUGCCUGCACCGCCCCGGCGCUUGAGGAUAGCUCAAGGAUCCGCAGUGUGUCCACUCCGCCAGAGUCCUAAGCAGGGGACCUGGGACAGCUGUGCCCGCUUGACCCGUGGUGGGAGUCCCGGGGCUGGCUGGCUCACUGUGUGCUAUGUGCUUUCAUUUGUGUACUAUUUCCCAGGGGGGCCUAUGGGAAGGAAAGAAGGCUGAAGCCAGUUUGGGGUGGGUGGGCUACACUGGGGCCCUCCUUUUCCAGGAGGGGCGGGUAUCUGUUGGCGCUGGCUCCUCCGCAGCCCUGCCACGAUGGCUGAGGGAGGUACGUGUAGCCACAGCCCUGUGCACAAGGCCUGAGGAGGCUGGGCAGUGGGCAGAGACCCCGAGUCCUUCAUGGGCGCAUUCCCUGCUAACAGUGUGCAGAGGUGGGGGGCCCUCCAUCGAAGACUUCCCUCCCGUUCUUCAGAAGGAAAAUACAAGAUCCCGAGUCAUUUGGGAGUGGGAAGCUGGGUAGGGAAGGCCAGCAGGGUCCGUGUGCGGGGGUUGGGUCUGCGUGAUCUGCCCGCCUGGUCUGUUUUGUUUUGAAGAAUCAUCAGUGAGGUUGUUCCCCAGCCCCCAGCUGGGCCACAGCCACGGGUUUAUGAGAUGAGUAAGAAUACACGGUGUAGCGAUGUUUGCGUUUUUUUUUUUCCCCUCCUUUUGAGAUUUUUUUUUUUUUUUGGUUAAAAAAAAUACUUUUUUAAAACCAAAAUCUUUGGAUGAAAUAAAUAGAAGCUGGAACCGUCCUCUUGGAAUGUUCAGCCUAAGAACCUCAUGGGACAUGAAUUUCCCCCAAAUUCUCUUUUGCCAUCAGGCCGAGCUUUUAAAGAAAAAAAAAAAAUUGUUCUCUAACCAGGAUUGUAACAAAAGUGUAAAUACUAUUUCAGAGUUGAAGUUGAUGGUGCAAAUAUGUAUAUAACGUACUGUAUUUUUACAAUGAUCGUCGCAUGACCCUCUCCACCCCCUUUUUGUACUCCAUAUCUGUCUUCCAGAAAUGUCACCUGCCUUUUCUCCUGUGGUCUCUUAAUCCGAUAAUUGUAUUACUGCCAUUAAAGGAUGCAGUUAUUUUAAAAA